GCAGUGAUGCGAGGGGCAGAGGAUAUGGACUAGUGAACGGAGGAUGACGGAGAUGGGUAGAAGAGUCUAACAAAGAUGUGGAGAUUGACAAAGAAACGUGUAGGGGAAAGGUGAACAGACCGAACGAGGGAGGGAACUGAUACUUCGCUCGCCUGCACCGCAUUGUCUGCUUUUUCAAAGUCUGCAUGUCCUACUUGGCAGUCGUGUCAUCACAAAUGUACACAUAGCGGUUAAUACCGAAACCCUGAGCGCUGAGCAAACACACGCUGUUAUUUCCAGUCGUGCAGCUGCUGCCUUGCCCCUUCCGCGUAUUGCACACCAACAGACACAGGGCUCACGAGCACGAGCGUGCACUGCGAUGCAGAAGUUUCCUUCCUGUUACUGGUUUGUCCUCUUUUACAAGCAAGAUAAGAGCAAAAGAAUGAGAUACUGUAUGAUAGAGGCGGAGAGAGGCCAGCUCCGUAUUUUUAACUUGCGUGCAAACAACUCUAACCGCAUCUGUCUUCGGAGCCUUUUUAUUCAAAAAGUAGAGCUGAUGUGUUUACCGCCAAUUACUCCCAGCAGGAGUGUUAUUUUCUCUGUGUGUUGCUGUCUGUUUUGCCUCUGACUAUUCUUUCUUUCUUUUCCCUCAUUCACCUUGGCAUGUUUCUUUUCUCCUCGGGCAGUUUCCUACCACAGCUGGACCGAAGGACUGUUUGACUGCCUCCACUUCCUCAAGACCAGAAGCGGAGCGAGCCAGCAUGAGUUUCCUGUGACGUCCAUGUCCUUGAUCAAACUUGUAUCCUCGCACGACUUUUCUGCUUUAUAGUCAUGCUAAGUAGAAAGAGGCUAACUUUAUCAUAUUUCAGUGGACACACGCUUCUGGCAGAGUGACCUGUAAAUUUAAAAAAAGAAGAAAAAAGACAUUGGGCUGUUUAUCAGGAAAACAACCCAACCUCCACCUAAAUCUCUCAGGACGCAAAACAUCUACUGUUUGCAGUGAAAUCACUGGCUCUUGAGGACAAAUCAGAGAUGCUGUUGUCAUCGAGUUAAUGUUGCAUGUAUCCUGGAAACGCAACUAUGCUACAGCAGACAGAACUCAUCUUUGACUUUGCCAGUGACCGUGGCAGCAACAUGUCACAAGUGGAAAGGCAAUUAGCUUAUCCUGCGGUGAUUGUUGAGCAGGUCCCCGAUAUGCACCUGUUCUCAUACUCAGGUCUGGCGUGCGAGCUGGCCCACACAGAGGACCACCAGCACCUGCUAGAAGUGGAGGAUUGUGAAAAGGAAGACGAGGAGAUCAUGGAAACACUCGUAGCUGCUGAAUCUCUCCUCAAUAUGGACUCCUCCGAAACCCUCUCCCUGGACCAGCAACACUACUCCCAGAUGUUUUUACCUCCACUGGGUGACAUCUUUGCUACACCUGUAACCCAGGUGACUGUGUCAGCAGAGGGGAUUGUGGGACCUGUUGAACAGCCGCAAUGGCACACCUUACCGAGGGACACUGUUACACAGCAACAGGCCAAAAAGAAAGGGAGAAAAUCUCGACAUGGUAGGGCGGAGUCUCCCACACCGGACAUCAUAGUGAAGAAGGGCAAAUAUAACAAAGGGGGAAACACGCUGUACCUGUGGCAGUUCCUGAUGGAGUUACUGCAGGAUCGACAGGCCUGCCCUCGCUACAUCAAAUGGACCAAUCCCCGUGCAGGGAUCUUCAAGCUGGUCAACUCUCAGGCAGUGGCCAGACUCUGGGGAAAACACAAGAACAAGCCAGACAUGAACUAUGAGACCAUGGGCAGAGCACUUAGGUACUACUACCAAAGAGGCAUUCUGAACAAGGUGGAAGGCCAGCGGUUGGUCUACCAAUUUACCUCACUGCCCAAAAACAUGAUCUAUAUCACAGAUGGUGAUUGCAGCAAACGGGGAAAUGAUGAGCAUGAUGACAAUAGCAGCAAUGAUGAAGCUGUGAGUGAUGAUAACGAGGACAGCACAUCGUCCUCCAGCAACCAAUCGGUUGAUGAUGCAGAUUCCCACCUGACGGAGAAGACCUCAACUACCUCUGUCAGAGUUCCAACCAAGCAGCGGACAAGGACCGCCGCACAGCUCCCAGUCCAACGUACUUCAGUUCUCCGGCCCACCGGGAACAGCCUGAUCCAGCAGCAGCACUUGCCUAUCGUAUCUGCUGAGAUGCUACGAACCCUCCAGAACCUCCAGAGAGUCCAGUCACUGCAGCCCAGGGGCCAUGCCUCAGUCUUUAAAACAGCUCAGCUACUGGGGAGUCUGUGUGAUCGACAAGCUGCUGCUGAGAUGGCACCAGACAGUAAGGGAGGGCUGGAGAGGCCUGAUGCUCUUGUGGGCACCGAGAAGACAUCCUUAAGUAGUGACUCAGCUGCUUGCAACCCUCACCAACUCUGACCAAUAGAACAGAUGCAACCAAAGACUCAGGACCAAUCAUGAGUAGGAGGAAAUUGUGCUGUUAUGUGAUGACAACCUCUACAGGCCAGGGCCCACAUGUCUAAAGUAUCUGAGAAUAUCAAAUAUCAUUAUUGAGCAUGCAUAAGACACUGUCUAAGAAUAAUUUCUGCUUUUUACAUCAUAAUAAUUGAGAACCCACCCACCAAGGAUGCAAAAACCAGUGCAUUCUUUAAUAGUAGACGUUAUGAUAAUUGAGAGUGUGAUGGAAACUUUUGCUUGUAAUCCUAAAUCAGCACUUAAUCUCUGAAUUUAGAACUCCACAUUGACUGGAACCAAAAACUCAUCACAGCUUUCUAAUUUGCCCUCUUACUAGAAUAUGUCUUUGAACCUACUGUUCGUACAGACGGCCUUCACCCAUUAAUAUCCCAGCCUUUCCCCUUUCUCCAUAGCUGUAGUCUGCCCUUCCAAAGACCAAAGAAAGAAAUGCACUGGAAUCUAUGGCUGCCCUACAAAGACUAAAUACAAACCCUCUGCUUGCACUUCAACUUCAGCAUAAUAGAGCUAAUACUCUGAUCAAUACACUGUUCUUGUUUUUUUUUUACUUUGUUUUUAUGUUAAAUCUAUUUCUCUUUGUUUUAAUGUGUGCUUUGUGACUCUCUGCCUUAAAAUGCUUUGCACUAAUGUUUACCCCUGCUGUAUGUUACCUUUUCCGAAGUGCCUCAAGAUCUGUCCAACCAUUUUCCAAUUGUUAGUGUUGAUACUGAUCGUAAGGCUGUUAAAGGAAACAUUCCGUAUUCUGGUUGUUAUUAUCAAUAUGUUUGGUAUGUUUUGUGAGUUUGUGAAAACAAGGGAUCACUGUCAUUUACAGAAUCUUUAUUAAGCACUAUUGCUCUUUGUAUAUGUUGUUAAAGUAUCGGAAAUGUAUCCAGAUGCAUUCUUGGUUGACAAUCAACUUUGAGGAAUUCUCACUGCCUUUCAGUUAGCUACCAUACCUCUCCCUGGAGAACUGUGUUGCUGGUAUUGUGCCUUGUCUGAUCAACACAUUCUGUUCAUUUACAAUAGUCGCAUAUGCUAAGCUGGACAUCUAAAGCCUUGAUAUAUUUAUAUGUAUUAUAUAUGAUGUUUUUGAACAUGCUUGAUUUUUGUGCCUUGCUGCCAUUUCUCCCUCAGGUUGGUAAAAAUACUUUUUGCUGCUCAAAGUGUCUGUUUUCCCUUAACCUCAAAUAGUCUGUGCUGUGAGCAAAAUGCUUGGUCCUAUAUAAUGAAAAGUGUUUAGUCAUGUUUUCCAUUCAAGUGAUCUUGAUUGAGACUCGAUUGGACCCUGUGCCUUGUCCUUUUAUGCAAAUCUAUGCUUCACUUUAUUCCAAAAUAAAACGUUUCUCAGGAGUUAGGGGUUAACCCUAGCCUGUGCUUUGCAUUCUUACGUGCUGGCUGGAUGUUUGAUGUAACAUUAUAGCAACGAUGUUUAAGGUUAUAUUUGUCGCCUUUAUUGUUUUCACUGUCACACAGUUGAGAAGUGACUGAAACGAGAAUGGUUACUCAUGGAUAAAAACAAGUUUACAUUCUGUCACUUAAUAUUAAGCUGGUGUAGAGUUAAUGUUUUGUUUUGUUUUUUAUUCAGUUUAAGUGCUGUAAGUUAAAAAGUCACAACUUUACGGGGACCAGAUUUUUUUUUAGUAACUGGCAGCUUUUUAGAACAAUGUGCUCGCAGGUCACAUGGGGGGUCUGUGUGUGUAUCCAGUGAAGAACAGAGAAUAAAGACCAUU